GGUGAAUGGGCUGCUGCUGCUGUUGCUGCUCCUCCCGUUUCGUUGGCAAGGCGCAAGAAAUAACAUGAAGUGCUGUGACGAUGGGACGAGAACAAAGUAAACGCCUUUUUUCCAACGGAAGCCUCGCAGAAAAUAUCCUACAAGGAAAUUACUUGAAUUGUUUAAAAUGCUGUGGGUAAAUGUAGAGCCACGCUUUUCGGAAGAAACUUGCGCGGCUUGACCGGUAGGUGGCGCACCGACCGGAUUAAAUGCUCAUGCUGGGAAAUAGAAUAGCUACUUAGCGAGCUGAUAAUUUUAAGCAAUGUUUAAUCAGGUAGCGUCCUACUUGACUCUGCCUACACCGGCUAAUUAACUGUAUUUAGUAGUCAGUCUCUAUUUUGAUAACUGACAGUGUCAGGAGCAGAUUAUUCAGUAGUCCGUUAUCUAGCAAAGAAAAAUGAAUAUGCUGCCAGGAUCAGCGAACUAGCAGCAAAACACUAUUAAUCGGAAACAUGCAGGUCUGUAGCUUCAUUGCGUGCUGAAGAUUAUUUCUUUUCAGGUAAUUUCACAUUUUAAAAUGUGUUUAUGUUGUAUCGCAGGGUAGCUACAUCUGUAGUUUCCGUGUCUUGCAUAUUCUGAAAUGGAUAGGCUUUCCGCACAUAUAUACCGAUAUUAAAAGUGAAUAUUUGUCAGCCGGUUCUAUAAAUGUAAAAGCGUAGCAGGUUAACACCUUACUGACAGAGAAGUAAGGUUCUCUACCGCCAAUGAACAGCAGCCUGAAUUAUUACAAUAAUUCAGUGUUUCCUGGCAUGUAUCGUUCACGUUGCCAGAAUUGUUACUGUGCAUCACUGUGCCUUUAAUGUUGGUUGGGAUUGCGGAUCGGGUUUUCCUUUUUUAAAUCCCUGGCUCAUCACACGGGGAGGGUCACGGACACUUUGCCAGCAAGCAGCUUGAGACCGUGAAGAAGCAACGCCUAAGAAUCCCCAGGGGGGAAUAUAUCGCUGAGGCCGGGAAGUCCGAUAAAGAUGGGGAAGUUUUCCUGAAACUGCGUCCCCUUCACUUUUUGCCAACGGAGGAAUUUCGCUUUUUCGCGUCUGCCCGGUGCCACCUGUGUCUGCCAGUCUGAUUUGGGAAAUACAUGCAGCACAGCUGCUCCUCUGCAGUAAUACUUUACUUUUCAGCUGGACCAGAUGGGAACAUCGUAUUACCUGUGUGACCGUUUCAACACCUAACUGUUUUUUUCCUCCACGUGGCUUCACUCGGGAAUGAAAAAAAAUAUGAAAGACAACAGAGCGGAGUCAUAUGAGACUUUGUGUCGAGGGGAUCCUCCGUAUGUCCGUGUACUUCAAACAAAAUAAACAUGCAAAGCCAAACGUUGUAUUCCGGCAAUCUUUGUUUUUGUAAAUGUCGCAUUUUGUGUCUCAUUGCCAACAACCGAGGACCUGGAACCUGUCAUUCAUCCUGUCUGACUGAAGUCUUGAGAAUAUAGCUAGCUAUACAUGUACAUGUCGAGAAGAUAUAUGAAGUUCCGGUUGCCUCUCUUUGUGCCUGCACGUUUUUAAUACGACAAACUCGCCAGUAAAAAUAACGUUUUAAGAACGGUUUACAUAAUUGCCUGAGAAUUUUAUACAUCUCUAAGUUUCCUAGUUUGCAGCAGAGGACGAGAGGGAACUUUUAUGUUGUUUAGCACUAGAAUAAACUGAGGAUUGCCAAGAAGCAAGGAUGCCUGUAAGAAAAAAAGAUACAGCUCUGGCCUUAGGGCUGUUGGAAGACUACUGCUCCAAACUGAAGACACCAGAGGAACAACAGCUAAAAACUGCCAUUCUAAGAGUUAUGGGGAUCUUCAGAAGCAGCCUUUUUCAAGCACUGCUAGAUAUCCAGGAGUUCUAUGAGGUAACCCUGCUUAACACGCACAAAACCUGUGAGGAGAAGCUGGAGGAGGUCAACUACAUGGCGGAUAAGUGGGAGCGGGCCGCGUCCCCUACCACGGUCCAACAGGACGCUCGCGCCGAAGAGGAGCCCAAGGAGCCCAGCAGCAGUGAGCAGAAUGGGAAAGUGCCAGGGGGGAGCACCGUCCCUGAGAACAGGCCGGCUGCGGUUCAGGCGUCUCCGCACACUGCCCAGCCCCCGCCAGCAUGUAUGAAUCCGGCCCUGAUGAGCGCUCCCUGGUACCGGUAUCAGGAUGAAGACUCACCCCCCCAAGACCAUGGCUUCCCCCGGCUGACCAAUGAGGCGCGAGCCCCAGAGCUCGUGCAUGUGUCGGAGAAGAACUUGUCGGAGAUCGAGAACGUUCACGGCUACGUGUCCCACUCGCACAUCUCCCCCCUCAAGCCCUCACUGGUCACCCGUUUUGAUCUUACAUACCCGGGUCUGACUGCGGCAAACUACCUGGCGAGUCCUGCCCCGAUUAUAGUCAACACUGAGACGUUGGAGACGGUACCUUAUGUCAACGGAACCGAAAUUGAAUAUGAAUUUGAAGAAAUCACACUAGAACGGGGUAACUCAGGUCUGGGGUUCAGUAUUGCCGGAGGGACAGACAACCCCCACAUUGGGGAUGAUCCAGGGAUCUUCAUCACCAAGAUCAUCCCAGGUGGUGCAGCUGCUGAGGAUGGUCGGCUCAGAGUGAACGACUGCAUCCUGAGGGUGAACGACGCCGACGUGUCCGAGGUGUCGCACAGCAAGGCUGUGGAGGCCCUUAAGGUGGCUGGCUCCAUCGUGCGACUGUAUGUGCGCCGGCGGAGACCGAUGCUGGAGACCGUCAUCGAGAUCAAACUCAUCAAAGGACCAAAAGGGCUGGGGUUCAGCAUUGCUGGAGGGGUGGGGAACCAGCACAUCCCCGGAGACAACAGCAUCUACGUCACCAAGAUCAUUGACGGAGGGGCAGCACAAAAAGAUGGCCGUUUGCAGGUUGGGGACCGGCUGCUCAUGGUCAACAAUUACACCUUGGAAGAGGUGACUCACGAGGAAGCUGUGGCCAUAUUGAAGAACACGUCUGAUGUGGUUUACCUGAAGGUGGGCAAGCCCACCAGUGUGUACCUGACUGACCCCUAUGGACCUCCAGACAUCACCCACCCUUUUUCUCCAGCCAUGGAAAAUCAUAUUUCUUCCCCCGGCAACAAUGGCACGCUGGAAUACAAGUCCAGUCUUCCCCCAAUCUCACCAGGAAGGUAUUCCCCAAUUCCCAAGCACUUACUUGGGGAAGAGGAUAUUAACAGGUUGGAUGGUUUUUCCUUCUUACGAAAUUCCUCAUUAGAUGAAGGGGAAAGUCACAGGUUUGAUUCUCAGCACUUCCAGUUGAGGCCUCCAGAGCCCGUUUACAGCACUGUGAACAAACUGUGUGACCGAGCAGCUUCCCCUCGCCACUACUCCCCCCUGGAGUGCGACAAAAGCAUCCUGCACUCCAUCCCCUUCCCCCACUUUCACGUAGGCCUGCUCCCUGACUCUGAGAUCACCAGAUUGCGGAUGGUGGAUGAGCUAUUAAUAAGGGAGCCCCGCAAGAUCGUCCUGCACAAGGGCUCCACGGGCUUGGGCUUCAACAUCGUGGGCGGCGAGGACGGCGAAGGCAUCUUUGUCUCCUUCAUCCUGGCGGGUGGGCCGGCUGACCUGAGCGGGGAGCUGCGUCGAGGAGACCAGAUCCUGUCGGUGAAUGGCAUCGAUCUCCGUGGUGCCACCCAUGAGCAGGCGGCAGCCGCGCUCAAAGGAGCGGGCCAGACGGUCACCAUCGUCGCCCAGUACCGGCCUGAAGACUUGGCCUUGUGCUCCCCAAGACGGGCCCUGUCUUCCACUCCAGAGUACGGACGCUUUGAAGCCAAGAUCCAUGACCUACGGGAGCAGAUGAUGAACCACAGCAUGAGCUCCGGGUCGGGUUCUCUGCGAACCAACCAGAAGCGCUCGCUUUACGUCAGGGCACUGUUUGACUAUGAGAAGGCUAAGGACAGCGGGCUGCCCAGCCAAGGCCUCAGCUUUCGCUAUGGAGAUAUCCUCCACGUCAUCAAUGCCUCCGAUGACGAGUGGUGGCAGGCCAGGAGGGUGACACCAGAUGGGGACAGCGAGGAGAUGGGCGUCAUUCCCAGCAAGAGAAGGGUGGAAAGAAAAGAACGAGCACGCCUUAAGACGGUGAAGUUCAACUCCAAACUGGGAACGCUGGAUUCCAAACCGUCAUUCAAUGACAAGCGUAAAAAGAACUUCAUCUUUUCACGAAAAUUCCCAUUCUACAAGAACAAGGAGAUGGGUGAGCAGGAUGCCAGUGACUCUGAAAGGAGUCAAGAGGAUUUGAUUCUGUCCUACGAGCCGGUCAUUCGACAAGAGAUUAAUUAUGCCAGACCCGUUAUAAUCCUGGGACCAAUGAAGGACAGAAUUAAUGACGAUCUGAUAUCAGAGUUUCCGGAUAAGUUUGGAUCAUGUGUACCCCACACCACGAGGGCGAAGCGGGAGUAUGAGGUGGAUGGGCGGGACUACCACUUUGUGACCUCCAGGGAGCAGAUGGAGAAGGACAUUCAAGAGCACAAGUUCAUCGAAGCGGGCCAGUACAAUGACAAUCUGUAUGGCACCAGCGUGCAGUCGGUGAAAUACGUGGCGGAACGAGGGAAACACUGCAUACUGGACGUGUCAGGCAAUGCCAUUAAACGAUUACAAGUAGCACAACUCUACCCUAUUGCCAUCUUUAUUAAGCCCAAAUCCAUCGAAUCUCUGAUGGAGAUGAAUAAGAGGCUGACAGAGGAGCAGGCGAAGAAGACAUACGACCGAGCCAUGAAGCUGGAGCAGGAGUUCGGCGAGUACUUCACAGCCCUGGUUCAAGGAGACACCUUAGAGGACAUUUAUAACCACUGCAAGCUUGUGAUAGAGGAACAAUCUGGACCCUACAUCUGGAUCCCCUCUAAAGAGAAAUUAUAAAGGAGUACAUGAGCCCAGUUUGGGAUCCCGGACUAUAAACAUAGGAAAUUUGUAACAUAUUAUAAAUUAUUAUGGCAAUGGUUAAUAUUAAUAGUUACAAUGAUUAUGUUUUUGUUAUUGUUGCAUUUGUUAAUUUUUUUAAUUUAAUUGUUCUUUUCAUUUUCAAUAUGAAUGUUCCUGAAUGUACAACACUAAGUGUUAGCAACUUACUUUGGCCUCCAAAAAAAUGAGCUGUUUCUUUAUAUAUUUAUUGAUUAUGAUUUCAUUUAAAUUUGAAAAGGCAAAGGAAAUGAAACCUACAUGGGACAUGACCCAUGUCAUCAUGCUUGGAACUCCGCAUGGAAUGGGGGGGGGCAGGGCCGGGAAGGUGCCGCCCAUCGCCCACAGUGCCCAGCGCCCAGUAAACAGUAUCAGCUUCUACUAGCACUCAGAGCGUCUUCAGACCCUCAUCUCACAUCAGUGGUUGAAAUAUGUUGUGACUUCGGCAUCUAUGCAGUCUUACCGCUCUUGGACAUUGCUCAUUUGAUCCCUUUUGUGUUUUUUUUAUUAUUUGAUUAUUUUAUCAAUCAGUUUCGAUUGAUACCUUUCUAGGAUCAUUUAUAGUUUCAAAUUGUUCAUGUUUUUAGUGUAUUCUGUAUUAAGAUAUAUAUAAACAGAUGCUUUAAUUAGAGAGAACAAUAAGGGGAUACAGCUUGGUUUGGGAAAUUUGAGACACUAUAUUUUGCUAUUUAUAUUGAUAGAGGGUACAACAGCACAGACGAUAUUUAUAAUGAAGAUGUUUAACUUUGUAAAAAACGAAAUGGAAAAAAAAUGAAAAACCUGUUUUACUUCUGUAACAUAGAGUGAUAUGGUAGCCGUAGUUUUUGAUGGGAACGUUGUGAAAAACUCUGUGAAGAUCUGUAAUUGGCAGUCUCGGGGGACAUGCUUAUUGGUGCCCGGUGGUGACCAACACGUCUGCCCUGAUUUAGUCACAGUGGGGUGUUUUCAUUGCCCUGCUGAAAACUUGCAUGAACAAAGGGGUGCAACCCCCCCCCUCCUCAAAUGAGCACAAAACUCUGUCCCUUGCAAGUUCGUCCAGAUGAGGAAUAUAAGCAUGUAAUGCUUGAAUUCUCCAUCAGUGUUUACAAAAAGCUAAAACAGCACUUGAUAUGUUAUAUUAAAAUUGUAUAGAAAGUUUGACUCAUUGUUACUAAAUUCUAAUGAAUUAUAAAGAAUUAUAAUGUAUAUGAAGUUUAUGAAUGUGAGGCAUUUGUGUGUUUUUGUGCACAAAUAUGCAUUAUAGGCUAAAAUGACUGAUUAACUGGUGUUAAUGAUGAAUGCAGGUUCUAGCUAUAUGAUAGCUAUAGCCUGUUUGUUCAAAUAAAGUAAUCAGGCAAACCUGGUGCAGAUGCUCGUGUGCCAGUGUAUCCAAACUGUGGCGCUGUGUAUUUUACUCUUUUCUUUUUAAUGACCUUUACUCUGCAUGCGUAGAGUCCUUCCGCGUGUUGGUCACCACUCUUACUUCAGAGAGGAAUGAGGGCUUUCCAACGCGGUGGGGAACAUUUUUGCAAUUUUCUAUUCCUGAACACUUGGCCUCUUUGUAAGCUGUUUACACCUGUUGUUUAUGAAACCAACUGCAACUUGAAGCUUAGAGGUAUGGCCUUCUGGGUAACCCUGAGGAAAGUCAAAGCCAUCUUUUAAAUGCAAAAGACAAGCAAUAGAAUGACUGCUUCAUCAUCAUCAUCAUCAUCAUAUUCAGUACUAUUAUUAUUAUUAUUAUUAUUAUUACUGAGGAGUUAAGGACCAUGUCAUUUUCUAUAUUUCAAGGACAAUUGCUCAUUAUUCUUUCCAUCCAUCCAUUUUCUAGGUCAGGGUAGCUGUGAAGUCUGAAGUCUAUCCCAAGCAACACAGGGCACAAGGCUGUGGUAACCCUGUAUCCAAUGCCAGGUCUCCACUUAUUGUGUAGCAUAUCAUUCCUAAAACAAGUGAUUAAAAUUUAGUUUUGUGACUUCCAUUUCCCCACAAAUGUUUCAAAGUGUUUACACUGACUCUGCGUGCAUGGCGCAUAGGAAUGAAGAUUAAAUGAACCAGAUAACCUUUGCCAGUGUGGUAAAAGCCAUUUGAAAAUGUGACACGAUCUUUUUGUUUUUCAUUUGGGAUGUCCAGUAGAGAUGGUGAUAAUUCCUCGUGCGGUGGGUAUGUGUUUUCUCGGGGUUGCCAGAUUGUGGAUCCGACCGAUUUGUCACGAGGAAAUGCUGCCCUUAAGGUGUGAGACCUAGUGCAAUUAUUCAAUUAUUAUUCAAAGGAAGAAAAUCAAUUUUAAAAAAACUACUGGUUAAGGAACCACUUUGUACAAUGACAUCUCAACACGUUGUACACAAUGCUAUCAGCCUGCUGGUAAAGGAAAUAGUCUGUACGAUGCCAUUUGAACUUACUGGUUAAGCAAAAGCAUUCCUCCUCUUUACGUUUGGGUUUCAGCAUGUGAGCUCUUGGUCUAUCCUUUUAUUAUUGUCAUGUGUUGUGUAUUGCGGUUAAAAAAGGGGAAAACAAAAAUUGCAAGAACAUAGGUUCGUAGUGUGGCUAGGCACAGUACAAUCACGCCAAAACUUAUGAAUUGGUUCUUAGGAGUGUAUUAAUCAUGGAGUUAUGUUGAUGUGAUUUACCUUUUGUAGCUAACAUUACAUUGAAUGGGUUUU